AUGUCGAGUCUCAAGCGCAAGGCAAGCGGCUCCGGACCCGGACCAGAGAUAAAAAAACCAAAGGCCAAUGGCAACAUUGCCGCCUUUUUUGGAGCAGCGCCCAAGCCGGCCCAGACCGCCGCUGCGGCAUCCUCAGCAGCGGCUCCCGCGCCGCCGACGAAAUUCGACAAGGAGAAGUGGCUUGCCAGUCUCACGCCGGAGCAGAGGAAGCUUCUGACGCUGGAGAUUGAGACAAUGCACGAGAGCUGGCUAGGUCUGCUCAAGGAUGACAUUACGACAAAAGAAUUCCUCGACUUGAAGAAGUUUUUGGACAGAGAGACGGCGGCUGGGAAAAAAUGGUUUCCUCCCAAGGAAGAUGUCUACUCUUGGUCCCGACAUACACCCUUCAACGAUGUCAAGGUUGUCAUUGUGGGCCAGGAUCCGUACCACAAUGUGAACCAGGCGCACGGCAUGGCGUUCUCGGUGCGACCACCGACGCCGGCGCCGCCCUCGCUUCGAAACAUGUACAUUGCUCUCGCCAAAGACUACCCGGCCUUUGAGAAGCCACCGAAGAACGCGGGUCUACUGACGCCGUGGGCGGAUCGCGGCGUGCUUAUGCUCAACACCUGCCUGACAGUGCGAGCGCACGAGGCCAACUCGCACUCGAACCGCGGGUGGGAGAGGCUGACGCAAAAGAUUAUUGACUUGAUCGCGCAGAAGCGGACACGAGGUGUCGUCUUUGUGGCCUGGGGCACACCGGCGGGCAAGCGCGUGAUGAAGGUGGACAAGCAGCGGCACUUGGUGCUACAGAGCGUGCAUCCGAGCCCGCUGAGCGCGUCUAGGGGUUUCUUUGACUGCGGCCACUUUCGUAAGGCCAACGAGUGGCUGGUUGAGCGGUACGGUAGCGAGGGCGAGAUUGACUGGGCACUGGUGCCAGGCAACUCGACGCUGAGUGCGCCCAAGGUCGAAAAGAAGGUGGAGAAGAAGGCUGCGGAGGGCAAAGAGAGCGUUGAGGCGGAUGACGAGAUUGGGUCGGAUGACGAGGAGGCGCUGGAGGAAGCGAUCAAGGCAGCGGAAGAAGAAGCCACCAAGCCAUAG